GUUUCAUCUGCUGUGUUGUAAUCACGUGGUGUUCCCGGUCACGUGACUCUUCUUUCCUGUAUGGGAAUAAGGAGUGUAGAGAUGUCAGUAUGGGGACUGUUCUGGACAUCAAAGUUAAGAGAGCCAAUAAAGUCUACCGUGAGGGGGAGCUGUUGUCGGGACUGGUGGUGGUGAUGAGUAAGGACUCGGUGCAGCACCAGGGGAUCUCGCUGACCAUGGAGGGAUCGGUUAACUUGCAGCUCAGCGCUAAAAGCAUUGGCGUGUUCGAAGCGUUUUAUAACUCGGUAAAGCCGAUUCAGAUUCUCGGCAGCACCGUAGAAAUGGUGAAACCCGGAAAACUUCCAAGUGGCAAAACAGAAAUCCCCUUUGAGUUCCCGCUGGUCAUGAAAGGAAACAAACCCCUUUACGAGACGUACCACGGCGUGUUUGUGAACAUUCAGUAUAUGCUCCGCUGCGAUAUGAAGCGCUCCCUGCUAGCAAAAGACUUGACCAAGACGUGCGAGUUCAUCAUCCACUCGUUGCCUCAGAAAGCCAAGCAGACCCCGAGCCCCGUGGACUUCACCAUUACCCCCGAGACAUUACAGAAUGUUAAAGAAAGAGCUUCGCUGCCCAGGUUUGUGAUCAGAGGUCACCUGGACUCCACUAACUGCGUAAUCACUCAACCUCUGACCGGAGAACUCCUCGUGGAAACAUCGGAAGUGCCCAUCAAAAGCAUCGAGCUGCAGUUAGUAAGAGUGGAAACGUGUGGCUGCGCAGAAGGUUAUGCCCGAGACGCCACUGAAAUUCAGAAUAUACAGAUUGCCGAGGGAGACGUGUGCCGCGGACUGUCUAUCCCCCUCUACAUGGUGUUCCCCAGGUUAUUCACCUGCCCAACCCUGGAAACGACCAACUUCAAAAUUGAGUUCGAAGUAAACGUGGUGGUGGUCCUGCACGAUGACCACCUCAUCACAGAGAACUUCCCGCUGAAGCUGUGCCGGAUGUGAGACGGAGGAACGGAGCGCCUACUGAAGGCAUCUGUAUUGUUAUCGCAGCAUUUUAACCGCCAGCACUUAUGAGGACGGGCUCCCCGAGCUCCGUAUCAAACCCCGGGUCCAAGGAACAAGUAAAUCAUCAUGAAAAAUGCUUUAACGUUUCUCAUGAAACCAGUAUUACCAUUUAACUGCCGGAGCAGGGGGGCUCCCCGGGGCUCUUCAUGACUAAAGUCUAAGGGGGAAAAGACUUCCAUCAGAAUAAAGAAUCGGUGUGAGACUCUGUGAGACGAUAGAGAAGACUCCCUUCUGGUAAAAUAGACUUUGCUGCCCCAGUCACGUGGAAGUGCUUGUGAAACGUGUAAGUAGCAGGUAUACAAUUAAAUGCUUUAAAACACGA